CUCAUGAGGAAGAAGUCCAUCAACCAGCCCCCCCUCCAGUUCAUGAGCCAGAGGAGAAGCCCAGAAUAAAACUAACUGCUCCUAAAAUACCGGAGGGUGAGAAAGUAGAUUUUGAUGACAUCCAAAAGAAAAGGCAGAACAAAGACCUGAUUGAACUGCAGGCCUUGAUUGACAGCCACUUUGAAGCCAGGAGAAAGGAAGAGGAAGAGCUGGUUGCCCUCAAGGAGAGGAUUGAGAAGCGCAGAGCUGAAAGAGCAGAGCAACAGAGAAUCCGGGCUGAGAAGGAGAAGGAGCGUCAGGCAAGGCUUGCAGAGGAGAAGGCACGGAGAGAGGAAGAAGAUGCCAAGAGAAAAGCUGAAGAUGAUCUCAAGAAGAAAAAGGCUCUGUCCUCUAUGGGUGCCACAUACAGCAGCUAUCUGGCCAAGGCUGAUCAGAAGAGAGGGAAGAAGCAAACAGCUAGAGAGACAAAGAAGAAGGUCCUGGCAGAGAGGCGCAAGCCCUUGAACAUUGACCACCUUAAUGAAGACAAGCUGAGGGACAAGGCUAAGGAACUGUGGGACUGGUUAUACCAUCUGGAGACUGAAAAGUAUGACUUUACAGAGCAGAUCAAGAGGAAAAAAUACGAGAUUUUAACAAUGCGUUGCAGGCUGCAGGAGCUUUCCAAGUUCAGCAAGAAGGCAGGAGCCAAGGGCAAGGUUGGAGGACGCUGGAAGUAAAGAACCAGGCAGGAUGGCCCUUAGUGGCAUGCCGAAACCCUGCUGGUCUCCUCUUGCUUCCUUCACAAAUCACUUGUCUUCCCACGCCUCAAUGAUAACAAAAAUUGCAACAUCAGCCUGGGUUAUCUAUUGCUGCUUCUUUUCUUGUUUUUUUUUUUUUUCCUGGAGGGGUCUGGUGGCUUCCUCAGUCAAAAGGAAGCAGGUUCCCUGUGAAACUGAGAUGACUCCUUGCUGGCAUCUUCAAUUCCUGCUUAGCAUGUCCUGACACCAGCCCUAUGCUGUCCUGUAGAUUGCUGUGUACAAAUCUCUGGAUUUUGUAAAUAAAGCGCAACCAGUACCUGCUCCAAU